AUGGCCAAAUUAAGUAAAGUCAUCCAAGCAGGUAGAGUCGCUAUUGUCGUCCGUGGUCGUUUCGCCGGUAAGAAGGUUGUCAUUGUCAAGCACCAUGAUGAAGGUACCAAGGCCCACGCCUUUCCACAUGCCAUUGUUGCUGGUAUUGAAAGAUACCCAUUGAAGGUCACCAAGAACUUGGGUGCUAAAAAGACUGCCAAGAGAUCAAAGGUGAAGCCAUUCAUCAAGGCAAUCAACUACAACCACUUGAUGCCAACUAGAUACUCUUUUGACAUUGAAUCUUUCAAAUCCGCUGUUACCACUGAAGCUUUGGAAGAACCAUCUCAAAGAGAAGAAGCUAAGAAGGUUGUGAAGAAGGCUUUGGAAGAAAGAUACCAAGCUGGUGAAAACAAAUGGUUUUUUGCCAAACUUCAAUUUUAA